UAUCUUUAUUAUUUAUAAUAUUUGUUUUUUUAAUUUCUUCUGUUGUUAUUUAUUAUAGAAAAAGAUAUAUACAAUCAGAAUUAAAUUUAAGUCGGUUUAUUAUCUUAGUGUUAUUAUUUGUUUUUUCUAUAAUAUUAUUAAUUAUUAGACCAAAUAUUAUUAGAAUUUUAUUAGGUUGAGAUGGAUUAGGAUUAGUUUCUUAUUGUUUAGUAAUUUAUUAUCAAAAUUUAAAAUCUUAUAAUGCUGGAAUAUUAACAGCUUUAUCAAAUCGUGUAGGUGAUGUUUUUAUUUUAAUUGUUAUUUCUUGGAUAUUAAAUUAUGGUAGAUGAAAUUAUAUUUUUUAUUUAGAGUUUAUAAAUAAUGAUUGAGAAAUAAAAAUAAUUGGCAGAAUAAUUAUUAUAGCUGCUAUAACUAAAAGUGCUCAAAUUCCUUUUAGAUCUUGAUUACCAGCAGCUAUAGCUGCUCCUACUCCUGUUUCAGCUUUAGUUCAUUCAUCUACUUUAGUUACAGCGGGAGUUUAUUUAUUGAUUCGAUUUAAUAUAAUAUUAUUAGAUAUAUUUUUUUUAAAGUUAUUAUUACUAUUAUCAGGUUUAACUAUAUUUAUAGCUGGAAUUUCUGCUAAUUAUGAAUUUGAUUUAAAAAAAAUUAUUGCUUUAUCAACAUUAAGUCAGUUAGGUUUAAUAAUAAGAAUUUUAAGAAUAGGACUACCUGAUUUAGCUUUUUUUCAUUUAUUAACUCAUGCUAUAUUUAAGGCUUUAUUAUUUAUAUGUGCUGGUAUUAUUAUUCAUAUAAUAAAUGAUAUUCAAGAUAUUCGUUUUAUAGGUGGGAUUAGAUUAUAUAUUCCUUUAACUUCUUUAUGUAUAAAUAUUUCUAAUAUAGCUUUAUGUGGGAUUCCUUUUUUAGCUGGAUUUUAUUCUAAGGAUUUAAUUUUAGAAUUAGUUAGAUUUAGAAAUUUAAAUUUAAUAAUUUUUUUUUAUAUUAUCUUUCUACUGGUUUAACAAUAUUUUAUAGAUUUCGUUUAAUAAUAUAUUUAAUAGUAAAUGAUUUUAAUUUAUUAAGAAUUUUUAAUUUAUAUGAUGAAGAUUAUAUUAUAUUAAAAAGAAUGUUUGUUUUAUUAUUUAUAAGAAUUGUUAGAGGAAGAUUUUUAAGUUGAAUAAUUUUUUCUUAUCCUUAUAUGAUUUAUUUACCUUUUAAUUUAAAAAUGAUAGUUAUUUAUGUAAGAUUAAUAGGGGGUAUAUUAGGAUAUUUUAUUAGAAAUAUGAGAAUUUAUUCUGUAAAUAAAUUUUUAAUGACUUAUAAUUUAAGAAAUUUUUUAUGUUUAAUGUGAUUUAUACCUAAUUUAUCUACUUAUGGUUUAAGAUAUUAUUUUCUUAAUUUAGGUCAAUCUUUAUUAAAAAAUAUUGAUAUAGGAUGAAGAGAAAUUUAUAGAGGAUUUGGUAUAAUACAAGUAAUAAAAAAAUAUUCUGUUUUAUAUAAUGUUUAUCAAAUAAAUAAUUUUAUAAUUUAUUUAUUUAGAUUUAUUAUUUGAAUAUUUAUUUUAUUUAUAAUAUUAAUAUUUAAUAAUUAAUUUAAAUAGCUUAUAAAUUAGAGCAUAAUAUUGAAGAUAUUAAGGAAAUAUGGAUUAUUUUUAAAUAUAAAAAUAUAAAUUAAAUUAUUUAUAAAAAAAUUUUUUUAUUUUUACAAUGAAAAUGUAAUGUUUUAUUUAAACUAUAUAAAUAGAAAUAUUAAUGGAAUUUAACCACUAAAAAUUAAGUUAGCAGCUUAAUUUUAAUCUUUAUAUUUCUUAGUUAAUUUAAUUGGAAUAAAUAUUCAAUUUUAUCAUUAACAGUGAUAUACCUCUAUUUUGGUUUCAAUUAAGUAAGUAAAUAUAUUAUAAAAAUUUUAUUAUUUAUUUAUUUUAAAUAAGGAGUUAAUUAAACUCUUUCUUUUAAGUCGAAAUUAAAUGCAAUAUUGCUUCUUAUUUAAGAUAAAUUAAUUUAUAAUAUUUUUUGAAUGCAAAUCAAAUGUUUUAUUUAAACUAUAAUCCUAAUUGGUUCAAUUUAAUAUAUUUUGGUUUCAUUCAUGAUAUAAACCAAUUAAUAAAAUUAAAAUAAAAAAAAAUCUAAUUUUAGUUCAAAAAAUAAAAUUUACUAGUUUAUAUAAUGGGAUAAUUGGAAAAAUUAAUGCAAUUUCAACAUCAAAAAUUAAAAAAAUAACUGUAAUUAAGAAAAAAUGUAAAGAAAAUGGAAUUCGAGCUGAAGAUUUAGGGUCAAAUCCACAUUCAAAGGGGGAACAUUUUUCUCGGUCUAUAAAUGAUUUUUUUGAUAAAAUAAUUGAUAAAAAUAUUAUAAUGUUUGAAAUUAAUAUAAUAAUAAUAAAAAUAUUUGUUAAUAAAAUGAUUAUUUAUAUUAAAAUUAUUAAACUUUUUGAUUGGAAGUCAAAUA